AUGUUUUCUCUUCUAGUUAAUAUUCCUGCUAAUGAUAAAUGGAAACAGAACGGAGUGACUGUUGCUGGAUGUUACGGGGGUGGGGAUGAUACAAAUCAACUAUGGGGCCCUCAUAGUCUCUUCGUUGAUGAUGAUCAAACAGUGGUUAUUGCUGACCACGAGAAUCAUCGUAUCAUCCAAUGGAAGAACGGUGAUACAGCGAAUGGACAAGCUAUUGCUGGUGACAAAGGCAUAGGAAAUGAAUUACAUCAAUUGACUAGUCCAACUGAUGUAUUAAUGGACAUAGAGACGGAUAGUCUCAUUAUUUGUGAUCAAUGGAAUCGACGAGUUGUACGAUGGUCUCGUCGUAGUGAUACAACACAAGGUGAAAUACUCAUCGACAACAUCGCUUGUGCGAGAUUAGCAAUUGAUGAGCAAAGAUAUCUCUACGCUUCUGACGUCCUAAAACAUGAAGUAAGACGAUAUCAAUUGGGUGAGAAGAAUGGCACUCUCGCAGCUGGUGGUAAUGGCAAAGGUGGUGGACUCAAUCAACUCAGCUACCCGACAUAUUUCUUUGUCGAUCGAGAUCAUUCAGUGUACGUAUCAGACUGCAACAAUUGUCGUGUAAUGAAAUGGGUAGAAGGGGCAAAAGAAGGCAUCGUGGUUGCUGGAGGACAAUGCUCAGGGAGUGCUCUGAUACAAUUGUCUCAUCCUAAUGGAAUCUUCGUUGGUACGUUGGGCACACUCUAUGUAGCAGUCCAGGGGAAUCAUCGUGUAAUGCGUUGGACUCAAGGACUCAAGGAGACAAGAAACAAGACGCUGUAA